CGCGCUGCCGCGUCCCCUCAGUGAAGCCGUAGCUGGUGGCGCCCGUCGCUCCCCGCGCUUCCUUCGCCGCUUUUACACCCCGCCGAGGCCGGCCAUGGCACGGCCCGCGGCUGCCUACGAACCGGCAGUGCCGGCCCGCCCCGCCUGCGCCUACACCAGUUGCUACUGUGAAGAAAACGUUUGGAAGCUUUGUGAGUACAUCAGGAGUCAGGACCAGUACCCAUUAGAAGAGUUCUAUGCUGUUUUCAUAUCCAAUGAUAGGAGGAUGAUUCCACUGUGGAAGCAGAAAUCGGGACAUGGAGAUGAGCCUGUUGUCUGGGACUACCAUGUCAUUCUACUUCACGUUUCCAGCGGGGAGCAGAACUUCAUUUAUGAUCUCGACACACUGUUGCCGUUCCCAUGUCCCUUUGACAUGUACAGUGUGGAGGCCUUUAGGUUGGAUGAUGGCCUUCGUCCAGAAUUUCACAGGAAAAUCCGAAUGAUUCGAGCAGAUUUGUACUUGAGGACUUUUGCUUCAGACAGAUCUCAUAUGAAAGAUGCAAAUGGAAAAUGGCACAAACCUCCUCCUUCAUACCCUUGUAUUGAAACGGCAGCAGUUGGCCCUUCCUGAGGAGGACCCACGCCUUGGCUGCUGCUGCCUACCUGGGUGUAAGUGAUGUGAAGGCUCCUGCUCUGCUCCCUCCUCGCUGGCACAAUCAUGGGCAAGUAAAUCUGGUUAAAUCAAGACCCCUUACCUUUCUGAGGCUCUCAGGCCAGUGUAUUACUGCACUCCCAUCAUUUCCCCCAUCCCAUACCCCCUCGGAAACAUUGAAAGAUGUUAUCUUUUCCUGAUACAAGCUAUGCUAAAGCUUGGUUCCUUCAGGAGACAAACUGGUAGCGGAAACAUUGACAGCCAUACAGGCAAAUAUUGUCCUGCUUAAAAUCUUUAUUUAGAUUGCUCCAUUGCGAGGAGAGCUGUUUGUUUGUUGGGUUUUAUUUCUCAUUUUGGACGGUGCUAAAGACGCCAUAAAAUUAACUACAGUAUUAUUCCAGUGGUUCAUGCGCUUCAUGGGCCUUCAAAAUUAAAAGCAACCACGAUAAAAUGAAGCAAACAAACAGUCCUGAGGAGGCCCUAAUCCCUCUCCCCCGUGCUCGCAGCAGCCACCAAAGCCAGCCGGGGUCCCUGGAGGGCAGGAGCGGCAGACCCUGGGCUGAGAGGGAUCCUUGGGAGGGCUUUGUUGCUCUGCCAUGGGGAUGUUAAAGAUUCUGGCCCGCUGACAGCCUAUGCAGUAAGCAUAAACAUUUGGCUCCAGCAAAGGGCUGCAGACGAGAGGCAAGUUGAGCAUGAGAUAAAGAGGGGCUUUGCAAUAGUGCCUAGCUGAGCAAGGGCUGCAGGGGGGAACCCGAGGCGGGCACAGGGAGAUGCAGCCAUCAGUGGAGGAUGGAGCUGGGCACCUGCUGGGUGCCUCUGCAGGCUCCUGGGGCUCCCAGCUGAUGGCUCGUGCUGGGGGCAGGGGAAGAGCUUGAGAAAGGGUUGAAAAUACAUCACUGGGGGCAUUGGGGGUCUGAGGAAAGAGCUUGAAGCAGAACUGAGGAUGUUCAGCCUGGAGAAGAGAAGGCUGCAUGGAGACCUCAUAGCAGCCUUCCAGUAUCUGAAGGGGGCCUAUAGGGAUGCUGGAGAGGGGCUCUUCAUUAGGGACUGUAGUGACAGGGCAAGGGGUAACGGGUUCAAACUUCAACAGGGGAAGUUUAGAUUGGAUAUAAGGAAGAAGUUCUUUACUGUAAAGGUGGUGAGGCACUGGAAUGGGUUGCCCAAGGAAGUUGUGAAUGCUCCAUCCCUGUUGG